AUGACGAUGCUCACUUGUCCAGCACUACGCGCGAAGCCCAGCAUCGAAGUGCACGCGAACGGACUCGCGAGGCGCGCCGGCAGGAAAACACGCCCAAGGGGCGCCCGCGCCACCGCAGAGCUCACGCCCAAGGAGGAGGGAGGGAGGAAGGGGCAAGAGGAGGAGGAGGAGGAGGAGGGGGAGGAGGAGGAGGAGGAGGAGGAGGGCGCCUCGGCAGCUGUCAGCUCUCUGUCAUUCGAAGGCCUGGUGUUCGCUUUGCGAAACGAACCUGGUGCUGCUGGCGCGUCAAAACGGCGAAACGACGGGUCGCCUACGGGGCCCAUGGCUCGUUAGCCCUCUAGCCCGCCACAGCGCGGGGCCUGCCCAACGAAAAAACCGUUAUGGAACGGCAGAGGCUUAGGGCCUUAUGGCCUACCACCUCUGACCCGGAACGAGUCUCGACAGUCGCGGUCCGCCAUCUCCUCCG